UAUGUCAUCUCAAAACAAUAAUUCAAACGUUAGAUCGAAAAUAUCAACCAUAAUGAUGAAUAUGAAUAUAGCUAUAGGAUCUCUGAAUAUUGGAUAUGUAUUAAGCUAUUUGACACUGUCAAUUGAUACGCUUUUUGCAAACUUGUAUUUUUAAUUACAAAAUGUUAGGUAAAUAAAAGAAGAGGAUAGAACUUCAAAACUAAGUUUAUUAAAUGGGAUCCUUCCUUUAGGAUGUGUUAUUGGUGUCCUUGUGGGGUAUAUUAUAAAAUUAAAAUUGACAAAUAAAUAAUGUCUUCAAGUUGCAGAUGUUAUUGGAAUAUUUAGUCUUUUAGCCACAAUAUCUAAUUAUGAAGUCAUAGUAGCUGUUAGGUUUUUCUUAGGAAUAUCUAAUGGGAUUUCCAGCUUAAUUAUGCCUGUUUAUAUAAAAUCUUUAUGCCCUCCUUAAUAUUUUAGUCAAAUGAGUAUGCUAGUAGGAUAUGGAAUCAAUACUGGGUUAGCAAUAGGAUAAUUGAUGGGAAUAGGCUAUAUUAAGUAUUCAUUUAUUAUCACUCUAAAAAUAGUUAUCAUGGUUCUACUUCAAACUGGUGGAGAGUUGUCUUUUCAUUUCCUUCAAUAAUCUGCAUAGUCAGAUCAUUAAUAAUCCAUUUCAUAUAUAACUAUGAAAGCCCAGAGCAAUUAAUAAAAAGAGGAAAUUAUGAAUAGGCCUAAUAUGUAAUCAUAAUAAUAAUCAUAAUAAUAGGUGAUUUGCCAGAUUUAUAAAUUAGAGUAUGUUGAAGAACAAUAUGAAAGGUACACUAAAUUAGCUUAACAGUAAUUUUAAUAAAAAUAAUAAUCAUUUUUCAAAGUUUUUGAGAAGCAAAAACUGAUAACCCUUCAAGUAGGAAUUAUAUCUGUAUAAUUUAAUAAUUACAUAGAUGCUUGUAUAAAUAUGGUGCGGCUCUUUUGCAGUGUUUUAUUAUAGUGCACAAAUAUUUAGUGAUUUAUCAGAUAAUGACAUUACUCAAAAAACAAUAUUUACGAUAUGUCUUGGAUUAUCUGGCUUUCUUGCCUAAUUUUUGACCAUUUAUAUGGUUAAUAAAAUUGGGAGUAAAUACAUUUUAAGUAUUUAAAUAUUACACUUUAAUAGUGAUUGGUUCUUUGAUAAUCGGAUCGUUAAAUUUAGCAGUUUCCAUAAUAUCUUAACAUGCCAAUUAAGGAACAGAAUUUAUAAUUUUCAUUUUAUUACUUUUGCUAAUUAUGACCUUUGCAGCUACAUUAGGGCCUGUAGCGUGGGUAAUAUAUGUUUAUUAUUUUGUAUAGAGCAUAGUGCCUUAAAUAAAUGACAGUGAUGGUACAUUUAUAUCUACUGAACUUAGAUGGAGCUUCUAAGCUAUUCUUAUUUUUUGUUUUCCUUUUUUGGAAAAGGGAAUCAAGAUUUUUGGCGGAUUUUUGUUAUUUGCCCUAAUAAAUUAUUUAUACUUUAUUUAUUGUCAUUUUUACUUGAUUGAUGGAAGAGGCAAAACUAAUGAAUAAUUAGUUGCUAUGUACCACAAUAAAUAUGGAUAUUCUGUCGUUCCUUUAGAGAAUUAAAAUAAUUUGCCAAAUAUACAAACCGAAGCACCAAAUACUUAAAUAAAAUAAUUAGUAAAUGAUCUUCCUAUAAAUUAAGAGGAGGGAGGAGAUCUUCCAGAAAAUUAAGAUUAAGGAGUUGAAAUAGAAUAGGAAAUGUGAG